GGGCUACCUAGCUAGCUGCCCCCCUCGUCGCUCGCCCCGGCGGCCCAUCGCCAUUGUGCGCGCAGCGUGCACACAUCAAGGGAACUGUAGACAAGGACUGUAGCGUGGCGCUGGCGCUGGCCGCUGGCGAUGGCGACGCCGGCCCCACCCACGAACUGUGUGAACCAGGCGUCGUCGUCGUGCAGGACAGAAAGCCACGCACAGCGAGCGAGCGAUCUCUCCCUCCUCCAUCCAUCGCUCCGAUCUCUUUCUCACACAACCACAGUGGAGUUACCACGGCACCACCGGCGGCCCGUAGAGGUAGCUAGCCUUUGCCCUCCUUUUCCAUCGUCUUCAUCCCCUCCCUCUCCCUCUCUCCCUUUUCCUCCCUCCAACAGCUGCUUUGCUUGCUUUCCGGCCCCUAGCUCCAAAACCCGCCUUCUUAUCUCCGUCCUCUGGCCGUCCGUCCGGCCGGCCGGGCCGCCCGCUAGCUCCAAAAAGGCAUGCAGGAGCCAGGUCUUUAGUCUUUACUACCUCUCUGGCAUCGCAUCGCAUCGCAUCGACGGGGCGACGACGUACGGCACGGCACAUGAGAUCAUGAGCUCGGAGGACUCGCUCAAGUCCCUCUCGCUGGACUACCUCAACCUGCUCAUCAACGGGCAGGCCUUCAGCGACGUGGCGUUCAGCGUGGAGGGCCGCCUGGUGCACGCGCACCGCUGCGUGCUCGCGGCGCGCAGCCUCUUCUUCCGCAAGCUCUUCUGCGGCCUCGACCCCAACCACCCGCCGCCGCCGCCCGGCGCCCGCGCGGCCGCGGCCGCGGCGCCGGAGCUCGUCAUCCCCGUCAGCUCCAUCCGCUACGAGGUGCUCGUCCUUGUGCUCCAGUUCCUCUACAGCGGGCAGGCCUCCGUGGCCGCGCCCAAGAGCGGGCCCCUCCCCGGGUGCGGCGCCCGCGGGUGCUGGCACACCCGAUGCGGCGCCGCCGUCGACCUCGCCCUCGACACCCUUGCCGCCGCCCGCUCCUUCGGCGUCGAGCAGCUCGCGCUCCUGGUCCAGAAGCAGCUGGAGAGCAUGGUGAAGGAGGCGUCGGUGGACGACGUGAUGAAGGUGCUGAUGGCGUCGCGCAAGUUCGAGAUGCAGGAGCUGUGGGCCACCUGCUCCCACCUGGUGGCGCGCUCGGGCCUCUCCGCCGACCUGCUCGCCAAGCACCUCCCCAUCGACGUGGUGGCCAAGAUCGAGGAGAUCCGCGCCAAGUCCCCCGUCCCCGCCGGCGCGCCGCGCUCGCCGUUCCUCACCCACCACUACCUCCCCAUCAACGCGGCGUCGUCGGCCGCCGACCGCGACCACAAGAUCCGGCGCAUGCGGCGCGCGCUCGACGCCGCCGACAUCGAGCUCGUCAAGCUCAUGGUCAUGGGCGAGGGGCUGGACCUCGACGACGCGCUCGCCGUGCACUACGCUGUCCAGCACUGCGGCCGCGACGUCGUCAAGGCGCUGCUGGAGCUCGGCGCCGCCGACGUCAACUCCCGCGCCGGCCCCACGGGGAAGACCGCGCUGCACCUGGCCGCCGAGAUGGUCUCCCCCGAUAUGGUGUCCGUGCUGCUUGACCACCACGCCGACCCCAGCGCCAGGACGCUCGACGGCGUCACCCCGCUCGACGUGCUCCGAGGCCUCACAUCAGAGUUCCUGUUCAAGGGCGCCGUGCCGGGGCUCACGCACAUCGAGCCCAACAAGCUCAGGCUCUGCCUUGAGCUCGUGCAGUCCGCGGUGAUGGUGACCACGCGCGACGUCGACGCCGCCGGCGACGACGCCGGGGGAAGCGACGGCGGCGGCGGCGGCAACUUCCCCAGGAGCGACGCCGACGACAGCUUGGUGAGCCUGACGAUGAACUCCACGCUCAUGUACCAGGGCCAGGAGAUGGCGGCUGCCGCGGUGGCCGCCGGUGAGGCGAGGAAAGGGAACGGCGGCGGCGGCGGCGGCGGCCGAGGGAGCCCGUCCAACUUGUACUUCCCCAAUGGCGGCUUCCCAUAAGUAUUAUAUUGUGCCCUUCCCUUCUAUAAUCCAUCGUCAAGAUGAUCUUUCUUCUUCUUCUUCUGUUGGAUUGGAUCUUUGUGAGACCAUGGUGUAGCUAGCUACUAGUACUAUUUAUUUUGAGUAGGAGACAUGCAUGCGCGAGAGCAAGAAUUUCAUGGUAUUUGAUGUGGAUUGUUCGAUCGACGACUGUGGGAGACAAAGCAACUGUUGCUUUGUUCAAAUGCUUCACUGUGAUGAAUCUUUGUAAUGGGGCUUCAACAAUAGUAGUCCAACAUUACCAAUUUAGAGCUAGCUUGCAUGAACAAGGUUUUUUUUUAGC